AUGGAGCCCCGGCCGCUCCUCCUGCUCCUCGGGCUCUGCUCAGCUGGCCUCGUCCUGGGCUCCGAACAUGAGACCCGCCUGGUGGCCAAGCUCUUUGAAGAUUACAACAGCGUGGUGCGGCCGGUAGAAGACCACCGCCAGGCUGUGGAGGUCACCGUGGGCCUACAGCUGAUCCAGCUCAUCAACGUGGAUGAAGUAAAUCAGAUUGUGACAACCAAUGUGCGACUGAAACAGCAAUGGGUGGAUUACAAUCUGAAAUGGAAUCCGGACGACUAUGGCGGCGUGAAAAAAAUCCACAUUCCCUCGGAAAAGAUCUGGCGCCCAGACCUCGUGCUCUAUAACAAUGCAGAUGGCGACUUUGCCAUUGUCAAGUUCACCAAAGUGCUCCUGGACUACACUGGCCACAUCACAUGGACACCCCCGGCCAUCUUCAAAAGCUACUGUGAGAUCAUCGUCACCCACUUUCCCUUUGAUGAACAGAACUGCAGCAUGAAGCUGGGCACCUGGACGUACGACGGCUCGGUGGUGGCCAUCAACCCGGAAAGCGACCAACCGGACCUAAGCAACUUCAUGGAAAGUGGAGAGUGGGUGAUCAAGGAGUCCCGGGGCUGGAAGCACUGGGUGUUCUACGCCUGCUGCCCCUCCACCCCCUACCUGGACAUCACCUACCACUUUGUCAUGCAGCGCCUGCCCCUCUACUUCAUCGUCAACGUCAUCAUUCCCUGCCUGCUCUUCUCCUUCUUAACCGGCCUGGUGUUCUACCUGCCCACAGACUCAGGAGAGAAGAUGACUCUGAGCAUCUCGGUCCUGCUGUCCUUAACCGUGUUCCUCCUGGUCAUCGUGGAGCUGAUCCCCUCCACCUCCAGUGCUGUGCCCUUGAUUGGGAAAUACAUGCUGUUCACCAUGGUGUUUGUCAUCGCGUCCAUCAUCAUCACCGUCAUUGUCAUCAACACACACCACCGCUCCCCCAGCACCCACGUCAUGCCCGACUGGGUACGCAAGGUUUUUAUCGACACUAUCCCAAAUAUCAUGUUCUUCUCCACAAUGAAAAGACCCUCUAGAGAAAAACAAAACAAAAAGAUUUUUACAGAAGACAUUGAUAUUUCUGACAUUUCUGGGAAGCCAGGGCCUCCACCCAUGGGUUUCCACUCUCCGCUGAUCAAACACCCAGAGGUAAAAAGUGCCAUCGAAGGAGUCAAAUACAUCGCAGAGACCAUGAAGUCAGACCAGGAGUCCAAUAACGCGGCCGAGGAAUGGAAGUAUGUUGCAAUGGUAAUGGACCACAUUCUCCUCGUAGUCUUCAUGCUCGUCUGUAUCAUUGGAACCCUGGCUGUGUUUGCAGGUCGGCUCAUUGAAUUAAACCAGCAAGGAUGAGCUGAGCUGAGCACCAGGCGGAGCAGAGAAUGGUGGGGAAGAGAGAAAUAUCUUUCUACUUUGAUUCAAGCUCAUUUAUCAGACCUCUAACUUUCUGUAUUUAUGAUUAAUGCUAAUGAUCUAUAUUUAUGUAAGGUGACGGCCUCCAGUACCUUCACAGUGCUUCUCCUGCGAUCCUGCUCUAUCUUGCCUGGAGAGUGAACCCUUUUCAGUAAAUGAAGU